AUAGAGUGUAAUGGCAAUUUAAUAUAUGUGCAAUAUAAUCCAUCCAUCCAUUUUCCAUAUUGCUUAUCCUACGAAGGGUCACAGCAAGCCUGGAACCUAUCAAGGAACUCGGGGAACAAAAUGAGGUGGGGGAUGGGGAUCCACAUGGAGUGCCAACCCAUCGCAGGGCACAAUCACACACAUACACACACACACACACACACACACACACUAUGUACAAAUAGGAAAUGCCAAUCAGCCUACAGUGCAUGUAUUUAGACUGGGGGAGAAAACCAGAGAACCCGGAGGAAAUCCCCGAAGCACAGGUAGAACAUGCAAACUCUGUGCAUACAGGCCGGAGGCAGGAUUUGAACCCCCGACCCCGGAGGUGCGAGGCAAACGUGCUAAAUACGGUUUGAAGCUAAAGACUCCACUGUGGUCGAUGGUCUCUAUGUUCUAGCUUUGAUGGCUCUGAGUCUUCUUCUGGAGAGAAGAGGCUGAAAAUGGUGACUUCAUGGUAAGAGGGGUCGGUUACCCUGGAGCACAGAGCAGAAACUGAAGAACCUUUAAGUGUUAAUCUAAUUUUUUUUUUCCAACAGUUAUACAUAAGCGACUCUAUAAAACUAUGGGAUGAAUCUGUAGCCAGCGCAGAACAUGGAUGAUUCUCUGGAUUGUAAAUGACUCGCAUUCGAUUCACUUAGUUCAAAUGAAUCGAAUCAGUAGAGUUGUAAUGAAUAGUCGCCGAGCACAGUUCUCCAGCAUCCUGAUGACUUAAAGCCGGACACGUUUGGGCAGUUUUACCAGCAGCUACCCCUUGGACUAUUUUUUUUUUAAUGUUGCGUCUUCUAAGCAAUCUCCCGCGGCUACUCCAAGUGCGCACUCGGUUUUAACGGGUCACCUCGUAAUGAAUGCAUCCGAGGGAUUAGGAGUCCUCAACCGGACGCAAGAGCAGCUGGACGGCGCGAGAGCCUGCUGCAACUUCACCUCCGACGCCGCGUCAGUCACCGGCAGCGGCGACGCGUUUCUCCACGAGCGCGAGCAGUUCGUGGCGCGGCUCGUGCAGAUUGCCGUGCUCUGCGUGCUCUCGCUCACCGUCGUCUUCGGCGUUUUCUUUCUCGGCUGCAACCUCCUCAUCAAGUCCGAGAGCAUGAUGAACCUACUGGCGGAGGAGCGCAGACCGUCCAAAGACGCGGAGCUCAUCACUGCCGCGUGACGCCCGGUGACCGGGUGACUGGGUGACCCGGCUCGCGCGCUCGCACCCGCCAUGACUU